GUGCGCAUGAGCGAUGGGUGACAAUGCUGACUGUUCGUCGUCAUCGGCACAACACACGCCACCACACCCCGGAGAGGUGGAGAGCUGCUGGGGCGUAGCGCUGCUCCUCGAGAACCGAGAGCGGAACCAGAAGGGAGAGGUACGUGCGUGUGUCAGCAGUGAAGCAGUCAGUGAGGCAGUCAGUGAAGCAAUCAGUGAAGCAAUCAGUGAAGCAGUGAAGAAGGAAGCAAAGCGGCCCCGUGGAGUGGGUGUCUACUGUGUUGUGUGGUCUCUGUCUGUGUUCAGAGUUUGCCUCUUCCAACGUAUCGGUGUCUUGGGCGGGCAGCGCGGCUGCCCGAUGACAUCACGCCAGAGGUGAGCGCCUGCAGCACACACACGUCCAUCUGUGCAGGGGAGGAGCACAUUGCUUGCUUGCCUGUCUGUCUGUCUACAUCAUCAGGCUGCGCACCUGCACCCCGUGCACCACAACACGCAGGCCAUGAUUUGCAUCGGUACACAAGGCUGGCUACACACACACAGGUGUGUGCACCUUCACAACAAACCUGCAGGUUCGUUCUUCCGCACCGCGUGCUUCCCCCCCAACUUUGCCGAGGCGGCCGUGGCUGGGCAGCGGCACGACAAUGACGACGACAUGGCCGAGCUGGAAGACGAGAUGUGAGCAGGGAGGGAAGUGGCACGUGUCUGUGUCUGUGGUUGGAUGGAUGUGUGCAAAUGAUGUGUGUCAGCGAUGGCGCGUUGCCCAGCAACAAGCCGAUGGGGCUGAUGAGAUGCGACGGAAUCGGCCUGCAAAUCGGUACGAGUAUGCACGUGGGGACUCACACAACAUACAGCAGCAAGAGUUAGUCUAUCGUGUGCGUGGAUGUUUGUGUCUGCCUCCUACAGCUCAGGAGCCCUUUCCCUCUGCCUAUGACGGCAUCAGAGGAGACGUCAAAGGUCCGUCCGUCGGCUACAAUACACACAGACAGACAGACCGACACACACCACACACAUGUAGUUGUGUUUUCUGUCUCUGUCUGUGUAUGUGUGUCUGCAGGGACAGUAGCGAGCGCCCACCUGCCCACGGCACCACCAAAUGUCGAGGGAGAUGGUGCGCUCACAACACACACACACAUUUAGCGGUCGGUGUGUAUGUGCUGUGCUGUGUUGUUUGUCGGCAGUUUUUAUCUCUUCGCUUGAGGACCGGCUGGGCGCGAGCCUGCCAAAGAGAGAGAAAGAGUGGGGGGACGCAACACAACCACAAUCAGACAGGUGAGUGGAUGAGGGAGCGACGAGACCGACCUCCUGGUGGUUCGUUCCUGUGUUGGUUCGUUCAGCGACGCGUUGAGGAGUCCGUGGCAUUCGCUGUACGACACCAACGGGGGGGACGGCGUGGGCGGGAUGAAUGGAAACAAUGAGGUACGUCCGUCCAUCCAUCCAUUCAUUGAUCCAUUCACACGUGUGUGUGUGUGUGUAUGUACACAGGACGAAGCUGCACCGCGCGGCACGUCGCCGUUCAAGGCCUGGUGAGCCACCAACAAGACAGAAAGAGACGCUUUCGCUUUCUCUGUUGAUCAAUCCGUUAUCGCCCACAAACAUGUGUGUGGUUGUUACUUUUUUUCUCUCAGGUACGACAGUGUCCGCGAUGACAUUCACAAGAGGGGAACCGCCCAGGUGAGCGCAGUGCACCUGCGUCCAUGUGGUGGAUGGAUGGAUGGAUGGCUGGACGACUGCAGGUCGCCCGAGACGCUGCGUCUUUGGUGGCGGAUCGGCUGCGGCUGAUUAUGGAGAGCAGCAAAGACGCCGCCUUCAACAUGGGACGACCCAAGUAAUGAUAUUCGCACAUACUGCUGACCACACGCAUUCAGACGCACCCGUGUGUGUGUGUGUGUGCAGGGAGGUGGUGGUCAAGACCUACGACAAGACCCGCGUGAUAUGCGGCAAAAUGAUGCAGGUACACUGGGGGGAGACGCCCACACAGACACACACACACAGACAGGCAGACAGGCAGACAGGUGUGGUAUAUGUGUGUGUGUGGACAUUCAGAUCACCAAGCACGUCUACGGCUCAGCCGAACGAUUAUUCGCCCCUGGUACGUGUGAGAAACCACACAACACACACACACACACAUCCCUGCACACGUGUUGUGUGUGUGUGUGUGUGUGUGCAGCGUUCCCCGUCGGGCUUGACGAGCGGUUCAGACGGCGAGAGGGGCCAGAGGGCGAGUGAUGAUGAAGGUGGCUGGGAUGGGGCAGAGUUGGGCGGGCGGGCAGGGAGGCAGCCAGGAAGGAUAUUUAUGCAUUAUGCAUUCUUCAUGUGUGUGUGCACAUGGAGGAGGGAGGGGGGAAGGGGCGGAUAGGUGUAGAGAGUGCUGGUGAGAGAGCCUUCUUCGUUCCUUGUUGCCCUGCCGUUUUUCAGUAUUGUUGUGUGUGAGUGUUGUUAUCUCAUCGUGUCUGUCUCACGGGGCUCGCCCCGUGUUGAUGAUGUGUGUGCAUGCAUCGAGACGUCGACGGGGACACACAAUGUCAAGAGGCCGUGUGUGUGUGCGGACCAUGACGGAUGAAUACGUGCAACAGCGGUUUUGUGUCAGUGCGUAACGCCAUCG